UUUUCCCUUCCUGUUCCCUCACUCUCUUAGCAUCGUUGUCUUCAUUACCUACCUGGCUAUUGUUGUGCUGUCUGGUGUUAUUGUCGAUUCGAGCAAUGGUGACGAGCUGUGGACAAAUUUCCUCCCCUGUGCUUGUGCUCCUCGCCUUUUUGUUCCUGCAUGGAGCUCUGUCGCGGGCAGCUGAUGACACCAUCGCCAAGGGCCAGCCGCUGUACGGUGGCCAGAGUCUGGUGUCCAAGCGUGGCAAGUUCGAGCUCGGCUUUUUCCAGCCAGACAACUCCUCCCAACAGUGGUACGUGGGCAUUCGGUACAACCAAAUCUCAACGCGCGACAUCGUGUGGGUUGCAAACAGAGAUGCCCCAAUCACCGACCUCGAGUCUUCACAGCUUUCCAUAUCAAGGGACGGAAACAUGGUCCUUCAAGACCAUCGCAACUCCCCAAUCUGGUCGACAAACGUCACCAACAUGGCCUCCUCCGCCGUCCCGAUGGUCGGCAUCAUCCUCGACACCGGCAACCUUGUCCUGGCAGAAGCUUCCAACACCUCCGCCGUGCUGUGGCAGAGCUUCGACCACUUCUCCGACACCUGGCUCCCCGGCGGGAAGCUCGGCCGCAACAAGCUCACCGGCGAGGUGGACCGCCUGGUCGCGUGGAGAGGCUACAAGGACCCGUCGCCGAGCAUGUUCUCCCUGGAGCUCGACCCGCGCGGUACAAGCCAAUACCUGCUCAACUGGAACAGCAGCAAGCAGUACUGGACCAGCGGCAACUGGAGCACCGCCGACCACAUCUUCACCGACGUGCCGGAGAUGACGGCUGCCAACCCCUCCCACGGGUUCCCCUACACCUUCGGCUACGUCGACGCCGGGAACGAGAGCUACUUCACCUACCACGUCGAGGACGACGCCGUGGUGGCGCACUUCCGGAUGGACGUGGCGGGGCAGGUCAAGUUCCUCAUGUGGGUGGAGGGCGCAGGCGAGUGGCAGCAGUUCUGGUCGCAGCCCAAGGCGCAGUGCGACGUCUACGCGCUGUGCGGGCCGUCCGGCGUGUGCGCCGAGAACGCUCUGCAGUCCUGCAGCUGCCCCCGAGGCUUCCGCCGCCGGCGGCCGCUCGAGUGGGCGCAGGGCGACUACACGUCGGGCUGCGCCAGGGACGCCGGCCUGCGAUGCGGCUCUCGGGACGUGAACGGCGGCGAGGACAGGUUCUACGCCAUGGCCAACGUGAGACUGCCGAUCGACGCGCAGAACGUGGUGGCUGCGAGCGCCGGCGACUGCGAGCGCGCGUGCAUCGACAGCUGCUCCUGCACGGCGUACUCCUACAACGGGAGCUGCUCGGUGUGGCACGGAGACCUCAUCAACCUCCGAGACACGAGCGGCAUCGGCACAGCCACCGGAGGCGGCGGCGGCACCAUCUCGAUCCGCCUGGCCGCGUCCGAGUUCUCUAGCGCGGGCGACCGUACCCGGAGGCUAGUCGUCGGACUCGUCGUCGCGGGGUUCGUCGCUGCAGCUACCAUCAUCGCUGUGGUUUCGAUCGUCGUCAUCCGGAGAAGAAGCCGGAGGGCGUUCAAGGCGUCGAGGAGGGUGGCCGAAGGAUCCUUGGUGGCGUUCACGUACCGCGAUCUGCAACUCGCGACCAAGAACUUCUCGGAGAAGCUCGGCGCCGGUGCCUUCGGCUCGGUGUUCAAAGGGUCGCUGGCCGACGACGCAGCUCAGCCGGUCGCUGUGAAGAAGCUUGAGGGCCGUCUCCAGGGGGAGAAGCAGUUCCGCGCGGAGGUGAGCACGAUCGGCACGGUCCAGCACGUCAACCUCAUCAGGCUGCUCGGCUUCUGCUCCGAGGGCACGAGGAGGCUGCUCGUCUACGAGCACAUGCCCAACGGCUCUCUGGACAGGCACCUGUUCGGGGCCACCAGCAGCCACCUGAGCUGGGAGGCACGGUACCAGGUGGCCCUGGGGAUCGCGAGAGGGCUCGACUACCUGCACGGGAAAUGCAGGGACUGCAUCAUCCACUGCGACAUCAAGCCCGAGAACAUCCUCCUCGACGACGCGCUCGCGCCCAAGGUCGCCGACUUCGGGCUCGCCAAGCUCAUGGGCCGCGACUCCAGCCGCGUGCUCACCACCAUGAGGGGCACGGCCGGGUACCUCGCGCCGGAAUGGGUCGCCGGCACGGCUGUCACGGCCAAGGCCGACGUGUUCAGCUACGGCAUGGUGCUGUUCGAGGUCGUGUCGGGCCGGAGGAAUGCGAGGCAGCGGCAGGACGGCACGGUGGACUUCUUCCCGUCGACGGCCGCGAGCCUGCUCGUCGGUGGAGGUGAUCUGAUGGGAGCGGUGGACGGCCGGAUCCGCGGCGACGCCGACAUGGCCGAGGUGGAGAGGGCGUGCAAGAUCGCGUGCUGGUGCGUCCAGGAUGACGAGAGGGCGAGGCCGAGCAUGGGGACGGUGGUGCAGGUACUUGAGGGGCUACUGGAGAUCAGUGUCCCGCCCAUCCCGACGUCGUUCAAAAUGCUCGCCAAUCCAUCCAAGAAAUACGUUGACUUCUUUACAUGUUUGCCGUCAACCUGAUCGAGAUUUUUCGGUUAUCUAUACUAGAGUCAUGCACCUAUGCAUUUGCAUGAACUAUUUAGUGAAAAGGCCCUGUUUGGUUGCCCCAUAGAUUAUAAAAUCUAGCUUAAAUAAUUCUAAGUGAUCAACAA